AGUGCGCAGGCGCACUCCGUACCCCGCCCCCUCGCAGAAGAGGCCCCGCCCUCAAAGCCGGCAAGAUGGCGGCGGCGCAGCCGACACAGUCGGGGAAGAUCAGCCUGAAGGAACAGCGUUACGACCGGCAGCUGAGAUUAUGGGGUGACCAUGGGCAAGAAGCUUUAGAGUCUGCUCAUGUCUGUGUGAUAAAUGCAACUGCCACAGGAACAGAGAUCCUUAAGAACUUGGUUCUGCCAGGUGUGGGAUCAUUCACAAUUGUAGAUGGCUGUCAAGUCACUGGUGAAGAUGUUGGAAAUAGUUUUUUUCUGCAAAGAAGCAAUAUUGGUCAGAAUCGUGCCCAGUGUGCCACAGAAUUGUUACAAGAAUUGAAUAAUGAAGUGUCAGGACAUUUUGUUGAAGAGGAUCCAGAUAAACUUCUAGACAACGAUGCCUCAUUUUUCUGUCGAUUUAAUGUAGUGAUUGCAACUCAGCUUCCAGAGAGCACAUUACUCCGGCUUGCUGAAGUUCUCUGGAAUUACGACAUUCCACUGUUGGUUUGUAGGACUUAUGGAUUAAUAGGAUAUAUGAGAAUCAUUAUUAAAGAACAUUCAGUUGUAGAAUCUCACCCAGAUAAUGCUUUGGAUGAUUUGAGACUUGACAAUCCAUUUCCAGAACUGAAGGAGCAUAUUCAGUCUUUUGAUUUGGAUCAUAUGGAAAAAAAGGAACACAGCCAUAUCCCAUGGAUUGUGAUUGUAUCCAAGUAUCUAGAAAUAUGGUAUAAUGAGAACAGCGGUCAGAUGCCUAAGAACUAUAAAGAAAAGGAGGCUUUCCGGGAGAUGAUUAGGCAAGGCAUCUUAAAGAAUGAAAAUGGAGGGCUGGAAGAUGAAGAAAACUUUGAAGAAGCAAUUAAAAAUGUGAACACAGCUGUGAUGGCUACUAAGAUACCAGUUUGUAUUGAAGACAUUUUCAAUGAUGAUCAUUGUAAUAAUCUUUCACAGCAGACUCCACCAUUUUGGAUUUUGGCUCGCGCUGUAAAGGAAUUUGUGGCCAAAGAAGGUCAAGGAAAUUUACCUGUGAGGGGUAUAAUUCCAGAUAUGAUAGCAGAUUCUAGUAAAUUUAUUAAAUUGCAAAAUAUAUAUCGAGAAAAAGCGAAGAAAGAUGCUGACGCUGUGGCCAACUAUGCUGCCAAACUGCUGCAGUCCGUGGGCAAGGCACCAGAAUCCAUUUCUCAGAAAGAAUUGAAGCUACUUUGUAGCAACUCAGCAUUUCUCCGAGUAGUGCGAUGUAGAUCUCUUUCUGAAGAGUACGGGGUAAACACUGCAAAUAAGGAAGAGAUAAUUUCUCAUAUGGAUAAUCCAGAUAGCGAGAUGGUGCUGUACUUAAUGUUACGAGCUGUCGAUAGAUUUUUUAAACACCAUGGUAGAUACCCAGGGGUUUAUAACUACCAGGUGGAGGAUGAUAUUGGAAAACUGAAAUCAUGCCUCAAUAGUUUUCUUCAGGAAUAUGGAUUGCCUGUAACUGUGAAGGAUGAUUACAUCCAUGAAUUUUGUCGUUACGGAGCUGCUGAGCCCCAUAUUACUGCAGCAUUUUUGGGAGGAGUUGGUGCUCAGGAGGCUGUGAAAAUUAUUACAAAACAAUUUGUUAUUUUUAAUAACACCUACAUUUACAAUGGCAUGUCACAAACCUCAGCAACAUUCAAACUGUAGGCUAUCACAGAACAGAUUGUUAAAACUGUAGCUGCUUUUAUUUUCCAUAUUGUUCUGUACAGUAUUCUGGUGAAGUAUUUACUAACACUUUUGCAUAACAUCAUCCAAACAUACUUCAAAUUGUAAUAAAUAUGUUCUUGUAUUUUACUAAAAGACAGUGGAAAAAGGAAGGUUGCAUAUUUUAAAAACAUGAGUACAUUGAUUGGUAUUCCUGGUUCUUCAUGUGCUUUUAGAGAAAAACACUUCUGUUCUUUUCCGUUGGUAUCAGAAUUUCACCUCUAACAUAGCCAGUAGCUUGCUUAUAUCACUCAGGAGAGUAUGUCUGAACAUUUGUUAAAUAAAUACCUAUUUGAAUCAAAA